AUGGCUACCGGUGAUGCGCCGCAAGACAGCGAACUAAGGUCCCCGAGACCACCCACAGGCCCAAAACAGAAUGCUGCCCUUCAAGGUGCCAUGAUGGCAUUUGGCAAACCGCCUGUGAAACCGAAGCCAGCACUGAAGACUAUCAACCACAACCCAGCUCUCGCUGCGGCGUCCAAGGCAGGCAGGGACUCGAAUCUGGCCGGGCGAACAAUCUCGUCGCAAAACACUGGGACAACCACAGAUGACGACGUUGGGGAUACCGUGGCACGCCACCACACUGGCAGAGGUUCUUCGGGGGCUGGACUGGAUGGCGGACCAGUCCGCAGCAGGCUUAACGACCCUCCUGGGGACGAAAAGAAGCCUAUUCAACGCCAGUCAAAGGGGAAUUCCGAAUCACAUAUCGCAGCAAAUUUAGCAGCAUCGAGAUCCGUCAGCACAAGUACAAAUCGAAAGCCAACUACAGGGCAACAACAAGCAGUAUACAGACGGGGAGGGCAACAGAAUGCAGAGUCGAGAGAGUUGUUGGAGAAUACCAAUAGCUAUUUGAGCCCUCUAUCGGCCGAGACUAAUGGCAACGCAUUUAUACCUCCGACUUCACAAUUAAUCAAUGCAUUCGAGAAAAUCUCCUCUACGCCCUCGAAAACAGAUGCAAGUUCCCGAUACCAGCGCCCUCUAUCUUACUCAGGGAACGAUCUAUCAAGCCCCAGACCAGAGCCUAAUCUUCCAAGUCCUGCACCGAAGUCCGCGGAGAUCGGGACUAGCCUUAAUAAUCCAAAGCCAAAGUCAAAGCCAAAUCCGAAGCCGGAAACUUUACCAGGGAGAGCCUUGCCAGGGAGCCUAGGUGCCAAGUCUACCAUACCAGAACCAGGUCUCGCAAAAAGGAGGCUUCUACCACCAUCUAUAUCCACGACAAAACCCACAGAGAAAUAUACUGAGAAACAUAUAAACAAAGAUCACAUAGAAUCUUCAACCAAUACAGAAGACGAUAAAAACGCUUCCUCCGAAAACUCCUUCGUAUCUGCCUCUGACGGCCUUCAGUCUGACUACAGGCCAGAGCCUGUGGCCCCCAGGCCCAGGCAUAUUCACCCGAAUCAACAUAGACCCUUUAUAGCAUCUCGGGAUACGACAGCCACAUCUCGAAGUUCUAUGUCUGUUAAUUCUCUCGCUAAUGCUAUGGUGGCCUCUGCAUUGGCAUCCUCUCGUAGUCAAUCGCCGUCAGGGCCUUCGAAGAAGUCUGCACCAGCACCGCCUCCAACCCGUCGCUCAACGACCUCAAUAUUCGCCAAUGCCCAAGGUCACAUGUCGCAAUCAUCAUGCACACCUUCACCCUCAAAAUCCAUCCUGCAGAAGCACCAUACUGGAGGCAAGUCUGGUAUACGUACCACAAUGCGCAAAACGCCACGAUCGUCGGAUGAUGAGGACGAGGGGAUGUUGAAGCGUGGGAGAAAGAAUCUAAUGAAGAAGCACCCAAAUAAACACCACGAGGGCGAUCGGAAGCGCUGGCGUGAUGCAGUGAGCGAUCGGGAGCGCAAACGUUAUGAAGGGCUUUGGGCAAGCAAUAAAGGGUUGUUCACGUCUCCCUCCACCAUAACCAAAUCUGUUCCAGGCACCUCGCCGCGUCCCCGGAGGAAUUUGACUAUUUCAGCCACCAAACCAGGGACCGCAGAUAGCCUUCGUUCGCCGCCAGAAGACUGUGUGUCCAGUCUAGUUGUGCGGGAUAUCUGGUCGCGCUCGCGGCUGCCCGGUGAUGUACUAUCCGAUAUCUGGGAGCUGGUCGAUCGCAGUGGGACAGGGAUGUUGUCCAGGGACGAAUUUGUGGCGGGGGUGUGGCUCGUUGACCAACGGCUCAAGGGUAGGAAGUUGCCCCAGAGGGUGGGUGACAGCGUGUGGGUUAGUGUAGGAGAGCUUGGAGGAGUGAAGGUCAAAGACAAACACGCCAAGGGUGGGCGUAAAGCAAAGCCAGGCGAUAGUCGAGAUCUGCGAUAG